CACGGUUGAGGUAAAUUGUGUUAUUGCCUUAACAUUUCGUUCAUUGAACACUUUGUUUUAUUCUUCUGUCAAAAAUGCGUCCCAGAAUUCAGAUCAAAUAUGUUACCGAGCACAUGAAGUAUAUAGAGGAAAAGAUAAAAGCCAUUAAACCUGUGGUUAAAGCUUUGCAAAUUGCUGUAGACAAAAGUAAGACUUGGUUAGAAGAUAAAAGUGACAACAAAUCUUUGACAUAUAGCGAUCUUUGUCAAGAACUUGAAUCAGCUACUUUGACAAUGUUGGAUGUAGCGGCUCAUAUCUUAGACGAAAAUAACGACACUGUUGAUACUAAAGAAGAAACGUCAUUUUCAUCUAAGUCAAGGCAACAAACAGCAACAGAAAAACGUGAUCAAAGUCAGUCAACAUAUGAAAUUCUUAAAGAACAUUUUGACCCAUCAGGUAUACAUAAAUAUUUAAUGGAAUAUGCCCGUUAUUUUGUAUUUUUCUAAUUUAAGAAAAAAGUCGUUUAAAUACGUUUACCGUGUUCGGCAGUUGAAAGUAACUAUUAAACAUUUAAAAAGGUUUGAAACAAUUUCGGUUGUCAGGAAACACGAAAUAUCCUUCGCCAUCUACAGUUGUCCAGUACUUUUAAAAACUCUUAGGCAUUUUUAUUUAUGCACUUAUAGAAAUCAGAUUUGAACGACUUUUAUUUCAGUAUAUAUUAAAAUUUUUGCCACGACAACGUUUUGCUACUGGUCAGCAUUCUAAAAGGUUUGAAAAAAAGCAUCUUUUUUAGUAUGUACAAGUUUCACAAUUUGCAUAUUAUUUAAUUUUUUUUUUCUAAAUUAGCCAUUACGAUUGCCUAGUGGCAAACGUUUAAUAUUUGCGUGAAGAUCAAUUAUUGAAACAUAUGGUGGGCAUUGUUUUAAAAAUAAAAAGUAGUCUUGUCAGUGUAAAAAAAAUGCGAACUAAGAAAAAAGCAAAGAGAAACGAAAAGCAAGACACGAAAAUACCAUUUCUGUGUACUUUGUAAAGUUGGUUGUCAGCUUUGUGUGUUUCCGAGAUGUUGGAGAUAAUAUUAUCAAAUACAUGAGAAAGCCAGCUCUCGAAUGAUGCCUAACACAAUAUAAUGAUGAGAUAUUAAAGUUUCCGUAGAGAGCUUGUAAAUUCGGGAAAAAUGCUUAUAGAAUGUGUCAUAGAAAGUUUAUUUGAAACACAUUUCAAAAUACUCCAAUUAAAUUUAUUAUUUUUCUUAAUACAAAAACGAACAUACAAUUUAAAAAAUGCAAGAAACCCAUUAUUGCGAAAAAAAAUUGAUUGUGGUGAUUUUUUUUUGUGGGAGGGGGGGGGGCAUUAAAACUAAUGUUUUUAACGGACCCACAAUUUGAAAAUUCAUAAAAAUUAGUUUGAAGAUAUGCACUUAAAAUUUUUAUCUGAGUACCCCAAAAUAUGGUAGAAAAAAUAAAUUCAUUGUUUAUUGGACUAAAAAUAUAAUAUUUAUGAAUGGUGGAAAACCUACGAAGGGUUUAAUUUUCAAGAUGGCCGCCGUUGUCAUAGUCAUCAUGAUUUUUCGCAAAUUUUUCUGGACAUGCAUAUUUGGAUGUAUCUUAAACAAACCAAAACAUAAUUGUUUUCUAACAAGUAUUAUUUUUUUUACCAGCGCCUCUCCGAUUAAACAAAAAGUUAUAAAACAAUACCAUAAUAAAAGUUGAAUAAUUACAAUGUAUUUUUCUUGGUCAAAAGGUAGCAUAUGCCAUACAGACAAUAUUACUACUGCGAUUAAUUUAACUUUAUAAUGCCAUAGAAAUAUUAAGUCGAUUUGAGCAGAUAGAGACAACCUUAUCUUCUCUACAAGACGUCAGUCGACUUGAGCAGAUAGAGACAGCCAUAUCUUCUAUACAAGACGUCAGUCGACUUGAGCAGAUAGAGAAAGCCAUAUCUUCUCUACAAGACGUCAGUCGACUUGAGCAGAUAGAGACCGCCAUAUCUUCUCUACAAGACGUCAGUCGACUUGAUCUUAUAGAGACAACAAUGUAUUCCAUACAAGUUACCAAUAUCAAGUCUACAGAUGACAUAUCAGAAAUAAAACAAUGGAGAGACAACUUUGUAACAGAACAGAGUGACAUGGGGGUAAACAUUGAACAACUAAAUAAAAAACAAAAGCAGAUUUUUAAAAGCUUUAGAAAGCAAAUUAGUGAACAAUAUUCCAAAAUAAAUGAGCUAAACAAAGAAAUUGAAAGUUUAAAAGAAUUAGAGUCCAAGACAUCACUAGAUAUGAAAAAAUAUGAAAACUAUUUACUCAAAAUAAACAAGGAGAUGCAAGAUCAAACAGAUAAAACAGACAAUAUGAAAAAAGAAAUGAAAAUACAUUCUGAUCAGAUUAAUUUUUUACAAGAAGAUACAAAUAAAAUCAUGGUUAAUACAUCAACCAAACUUGAGGAGGUGCAAUCAAAGCACAGUGUGAUGUACAAACUUCUUCAACAAAGAUUUAUGCCUAUUGAAAAACUGAUUCAAAUCUGUAACCAGAACUUGGAAACUAAAGAAGAAAGAACACAAAAGCUUGACACUAUUGAAAAUACAAUUUCAAAGUUGUCCAAACAUUUUGCUCUAAUCGAGUCACGUGUAAAUAAAAGAUAUGUUUGUUGUUUGGAAAUCAACGAAUCUACACGUGUCAGUACUAGAUCAAACAUUUCAACCUUUGAUGAAGUACGUGAAUAUAACGGUGAACAUUUUAACCAAACAACAGGAACAUUUGUAUCACCACAUGAUGGUUUAUAUCUUGUCAGUUUAACUCUAUAUGAAAGUAAAGAUAAAAUUAUUGUAGUUGGUGUACGGGUUGGAGAUAGGCUGUGUACUUGUAUACGAGUAAGUUCUGCUGACACAAGCGCUGCUGGGUCAGUGGUUGUUGACAUGAAGGAGGGGGAAGAACUUUACUUUGAAGUAAUCGGAGCAGAUCAAAACGCAGUGUUAUCCUGGUUUAGUAGUUUCACUAUCGUUAGUUUAUAGAAGUAAAACACAAAACUGGAUGGACAAUACAUUUUUAAAACACUAAAAUAUGUAACCACUAUGUUAAACACACGCUAACAACCUACUAUGCGUGUAGACUACAAAAAUGUGAAUGGUUUAUAUGCUAUUUGUUUAGUCGUCAUUACACUGUUCCAUCUAAUUUAAUGUGAUCAAUAAUUAAUAUUUUCUUCUUGCCUACAAUAAAAAUAUACAAUAAUUAUAUUUUUACAUAUAUUUUUUUCUUUGUAUAUGGGCACUAAGUGUAACCUUUCGUGCGUUAAAAAAUGUAACAUAGUUUGUUUUCCUAAAUAUUAAAUUGAAAUCCGUAUUUUUGAGACAAGCUAUUUAAAAGAAAAAUGUUUAAAUAAGUUCACUGGACAUCAGUGUGUAUCAUAUAUAUUGAAAAUAAUU